CAACUUUCGAGACCUUUUGCCCCCCUCCCUCCUCCCCACCUCUCGUUCUCUUCUCCCUCCUCCGCCUGCCCCCCCUCUCACGAGCGCGCGCGCCCGCCCAGAUCUAGGGUUCCAUCCGCGGCAAGAUGAGCAGUCCCCAUGGCGGCCUCGACGACCAGAUCGAGCGGCUCAUGCAGUGCAAGCCGCUCGCUGAGCCCGAGGUCAGAGCUCUGUGUGAGAAGGCAAAGGAGAUUCUGAUGGAGGAAAGCAAUGUUCAGCCUGUAAAGAGUCCUGUUACUAUAUGCGGUGAUAUUCAUGGACAAUUUCACGAUCUUGCUGAACUCUUCCGAAUUGGUGGAAAGUGUCCAGAUACGAACUACCUGUUUAUGGGAGAUUAUGUUGACCGUGGUUACUACUCUGUCGAAACUGUCACACUUUUGGUGGCUUUAAAAGUUCGAUAUCCUCAGAGGAUCACCAUUCUCAGAGGAAACCAUGAAAGCCGACAGAUUACUCAAGUUUAUGGAUUCUAUGAUGAAUGCUUAAGGAAGUAUGGAAACGCAAAUGUCUGGAAAACCUUUACAGAUCUAUUUGAUUACUUCCCCUUGACUGCAUUGGUCGAGUCAGAAAUAUUUUGCUUGCAUGGUGGAUUAUCGCCAUCCAUUGAGACCCUCGACAACAUCCGCAACUUCGAUCGCGUCCAGGAAGUUCCUCAUGAAGGUCCAAUGUGUGAUCUUCUGUGGUCUGAUCCAGAUGAUCGAUGUGGUUGGGGUAUUUCUCCACGUGGUGCUGGGUAUACCUUCGGACAGGAUAUAUCAGAGCAGUUCAACCAUACCAAUAGCCUAAGGCUAAUUGCUAGAGCUCACCAAUUGGUUAUGGAGGGAUUCAAUUGGGCUCAUGAGCAAAAAGUUGUGACUAUAUUUAGUGCACCUAAUUAUUGCUACCGCUGUGGGAACAUGGCAUCAAUCCUAGAAGUGGAUGAUUGCAGGGAGCAUACUUUCAUCCAGUUUGAGCCAGCCCCAAGAAGGGGAGAGCCAGAUGUAACUCGUAGGACACCUGACUAUUUCCUGUGAUGCAAAAGUGAUGUGGAUCUGCAGCAAAGGUUUGAUAGAUAGGUGCAGUUUCCUGGUUGCAGAUAAUUUUUUUUGCUGGAAUCCCUCCGUGUGCUAUUCUUAUUAUUUUUGCCCAUGGCGCUUUGGCUGUCGCGGGCUGCUUUGCCGCAUCAUGAUUCAAGUGUAUACCUACUACAGCUGGAAGGACUGGAUUGUGUUCUCACUUAUCUCUAACUGGUUGAUGCUUUUGGCUUGGUGGGGGCUGCAGUGGUGGGGUUUCAAGCAUCAAGCAGCAAUCUGUAUUAUGGGAGGAAACUUUUCCCGUUGUAUUCAUUUUGUUCCCCUUUCUUCCUCACCUGAUUUUCUUCUCUUUCUUCUUUUUUCCUUUUUUGUGAUUCUUGUAGAGGUGAACACUUUGUAUGGUUCUAUGUUGGGCCAUUAGUUUUUUCUGACUACCUUGAUUUGCCGUAUAGAAUUACUUUUUAAGCGCAACUAGUCAACCUGUAGCAUUCUUUGCCACCAGCAUUUGAAUUGAGCCCUGGUUUUCACAUUUCA